AAAAGAAAGGGUCCGUCCGACAGCGGCAGGUCUCCGCCGGGUGGCCGUGCCGUCGCUGGCUGCCGACUCCUGCUGGUGUUGCCCCGGCGCCGGGAUGGGCGGAAAGGCUCGGCACGGCACGGCACGGAAGUGACCGGGGAAAGGGAGGGGGUGGGUCAGCUCGACCGUUUCGGUUUCGCUGGCAUGAUAUGAUGGGAUCGGCCUCGAUAAGUCGGACAGCAGCCAGCAGUUUCGCCAGUUCCCCACCCACUCCUACCAUUCCCUUCCUUCCUCCCUCGGGCCGUGGUCAGACGCACAAGGACACACGCAACCAGCCACGACUGACGACCGCGUCCUUCUCCGCCUCCGCUCAUCUUCCACCACCAGCGCCACUGCCUCUUCUCUUGUUGUUGCACGCCUCCUGGGUCUCCGUGCGGCACGAUGAUGAAGGCGGGGGAGCGGCCCAACUCGAAGCUGCUCCGCGGCGGCCGGCAGGAGUCGCGGCGGUUCCGGCUGCUGGCCAUCGUCGUCGGCUUCUUCGUCGUCUCCCUCACCUUCGUCGUCGUCUCCAAGCCCGACGCCAUCCUCUUCGGCCUGAACGGCAAGCUGCCGGCGGACCAGGCGCCGACGUCCAUCCUGAUCCAGCAGAAGGUCAACACGCCCGCCCAGAAAACCUCCACCGACGCCAUCAUCGGUGGAGACCCCAAAGUUGUCGACGAUGAAGCGUACGUGAAACCAAAAGAGACCAGAGGCGGCGAGGAGGAGGACCAUAGGGUGCUCAGCGAGCCGGACCCGGCCAGCGGGAUGACGGAGCCGGCCCCCAACAAGGACGGCAACGCCCAUAAAUCCACCGAGGAGACGUUAGGUGGGGAGAGGAAAGACGAGGAGGGGGAGCGGGAGCGGGAGCCGGGGGAGAAGCACACCAAGGUCACGCUCCCAACCGUCUCCAAUUACACCAUUCAUGACGCCGAGGACGCCGAGAAUGCCAAGCAAGAAGGCUUGAGCAACAUCCAGCAGCAGCAGCAGCAGGGCAGCAAGCCGUUGUGCGACUUCUCGAAUUUUCGGGCGAACGUGUGCGAGAUGCGUGGCGACGUGAGAGUCCACCCGAAGGCGACGUCGGUGCUGUUCAUGGAGCCCGAGGGCUCGCAGAGGGACGAGGUGUGGAAGAUCAAGCCUUACCCGCGGAAAGGCGACGAGUUCUGCCUCAGCCACAUCACGGAGCUGACGGUGAAGUCGAGCAAGGUGGCCGCCGAGUGCACCAGGUACCACGACGUGCCCGUGGUGAUCUUCUCGCUCACCGGCUACACGGGGAACCUCUUCCACGACUUCACCGACGUGAUCGUGCCGCUCUUCACCACAGCCAGCCAGUUCGACGGCGAGGUCCAGUUCCUCAUCACGGACAUGGCGCUGUGGUGGACCAUCAAGUACCACACCCUGCUCCAGAAGCUGUCCAAGUACCCCUUGAUCGACUUCGGCAAGGACGACCAGGUGCACUGCUUCAAGCACGCCAUCGUCGGCACGCACGCCUACAUGGAGUUCACCAUCGACGCCUCCAAGUCGCCGCACGGCGUCACCAUGGUCGAUUUCAACCGGUUCAUGCGCGACGCCUACUCGCUGCCCAAGGAAACCGCGGCGGCGCUCGGGGAGAGCCCCAAGGUCAAGCCCAGGCUGCUCAUCAUCAAGAGGCACCGCACCAGGAUGUUCCUCAACCUGGAGGAGAUCAUCGCCAUGGCCGAGGAGCUGGGAUUCGAGGUGGUGAUCGACGAGGCCAACGUGAGCUCCGACAUCAACGGCUUCGCCAAGCUUGUCAACUCGGUGGACGUGAUGAUGGGCGUGCAUGGCGCCGGGCUCACCAACUGCGUCUUCCUGCCGCAGAACGCCACGCUCAUCCAGAUCGUGCCCUUCGGCGGCCUGGACUGGAUAUCCCGCACCGACUUCGGCAACCCGUCGGAGAUGAUGGGCCUGCGGUACAAGCAGUACGCCAUCACCGUCGACGAGAGCAGCCUCACCGAUCACUACCCGAGGGACCAUAAGAUCUUCAAGGACCCCAUCUCCUUCCACAAGCGAGGGUUCGAGUUCAUCAGGCGCACCUUCAUGGACAAGCAGAACGUGAAGCUCGACUGCAAGAGGUUCAGACCUGUACUGUUGGAGGCACUGGACAAUCUAAACCAGUAAUUUUAAGGUUCAUGUACAACUUGCCACCCAUUUUUACCAUUCGUUUCGUGAAAUUUCUUCUUUCAUUCUCUCAUUGCGUGUAUGAGGAUGUCUGUAUGUAUGGUCCAAAGCUAUAGAGAUCUUCUAGGAAUUACUACUUGUGUAAACUGUAUAAAAUUGCCCGUCGCUGCCAGAUGGAACAAAAUUCAUUGAAAUGAUAUAGGCCCCUCACAUUGUUUGUCAGGAA